CCUCCUGCCUCCCCUCAUCUCCCGGCUGGCAUCUUCCUUUCCUGCGCCCUGUUUUUACCUCAGACGAACAUGCAGAAGACGGCGAUCUUGCUAUGGGGCUUGCUGCUGCUUUCCGGGGGCUCAGCAGGGACCAAGGAAGAGUGCUCCACAGGGAAAUUUACCGCCAGCGGAGAAUGCUGCCGAGCCUGUAGCUCUGGGGAAGGAGUUGCCCAACCUUGUGGAGUAAACCAAACUGUUUGUGAACCUUGCCUGGACAGCGUCAGCUAUUCAGACACAGUGAGCGCCACCGAGCCAUGUAAGCCCUGUAAAGAGUGCGUGGGUCUGGAGAGCAUGUCGGCUCCUUGUGUGGAAUCGGACAACACCAUCUGCAAAUGUAUCUAUGGCUUCUACCGGGAUAAGAACAAUAAAUGUAAAAAGUGCCGCAUCUGUGAAAUAGGCUACGGGCUUGUCUAUCCUUGUGGGGAAAAUCAGAAUACAUUGUGUGAGAAAUGCCCGUCGGGGACGUAUUCUGAUGAAGCCAACCAUGUGGACCCCUGCUUUCCUUGCACAGUGUGUGAGGAGGAUGAGAUCAUGGAAAAGGACUGUACUGCGACUUCAGAUGCCAAGUGCAGAGCAAUUAAUCCAAGAUUUGCGAUGACAACCAAAGUCCCGAUGGAUCCUUAUACCAGCGAUAGAAAUGCAGAUGGAAACGCUGAUAUAAUCGUAGAUAUGGAACACGCAACUAAUCCACAAUUUGCAGUGGCAACGAAGACCCCAAUGGAUUCCAAUACUAGUGAUGCAGACCCAGAUAUAGAACAUGGGACGCCCAAAAGUCCCUUUCCCAUUACAAAUUUUUCAGAGACUCUGGAUAUUUUGGAGACCACUAUAAUGAGCACUACAAUGACCACUAUUAUGGGCAGCUCCCAGCCUGUCAUUCGAAGUGGGACAGCCGAUAACCUCAUCCCUGUCUACUGCUCCAUUUUGGCAGCUGUGGUGGUGGGUCUGGUGGCAUACAUUGCCUUCAAGAGGUGGAACAGCUGCAAACAGAACAAACAAGGUGCCAACAACCGUCCUGUCAACCAGACACCUUCCCCAGAAGGAGAGAAACUUCAUAGUGACAGCGGCAUCUCAGUUGAUAGCCAAAGCCUCCACGAUCAACAGCCACCAACCCAAACAGCAUCUCUACAAGGUCUUAAAGGAGAUGGGAAUCUUUACACCAGCCUGCCCCCUAACAAACGUGAAGAGGUUGAAAAGCUGUUGAAUGGUUCCACAGAGGAGACAUGGCGCCACCUGGCUGGAGAACUAGGCUACAAGGAAGAUCACAUAGACUCCUUUACACAAGAGGAAUACCCCGUUCGUGCGCUGCUUUCAGAUUGGUCCAGCAAGGACAGUUCCACCAUGGAUGCCCUUUAUUCAGCCCUGCGCAAGAUCCAAAGGGGGGACAUUGUGGAAAGCCUUUAUAGUGAAUCCACUGCUAGUUCUCCAGUGUGAAGGAGAAAGAGAGGGCAGAGGCAAUUGGAAGAGUUAGAGUUAGCUCCUCAUUUCCCCUGUCCCACUGGUGCCACUUGGAAGAAGAACAUGUGGAGUCAAAAUAGAGCUCAUUCUUUCUGGGGACACUGGAACAAUCCUGUAAGCACUGAUUUAGUUAUUUUUCCCUCUCUGCCCUACUGUCCUCGUAUUUUCAUCCAAUAGCUCUUGCUAGUAACAAACAAUAAGACGGUAAAAGGAAAUGAAAGACAAGAGAGGGAAUGGAUGUCUUGUUUAUACUGUAUGUGCUCCUUUAAAUCUCCUGGACUGUUAGUGGAUGGCUGAUUCUGAACUGAGGCAAGAAUGAAGAAAGACAUCUGUCCAAAGCCAAUUGCUUGACUUCCCUUUCAGGUGCCUCUGACAUUUAUCCCAUGCGCUUCUCUCAUGAUCCCAUCAACAUCAGUUCUCUUUCUUCUCUUGCACAUCUUCUUUCCUUCAGUCACCAGUUUAUUUAAGCACAUCUGAAAUCAGGAGAAAGAAAAGAAAAAAAACCCAAGGAGACCAGCCAGAUAUGUUACAGAGUGAUGAAGGAUUCAAAAAAGGCAGAAAUGCUAGGCCUGAAACAAGGAGACAUAUGGUGUUUAGAGGACAAGUGAACAUUUGUUUUGAGGCAACCUCCUGAGGGGGUUCUGAGUGGGGAGAAAAGAAAUGUGGACCAGGUUUCUAGCUAUCAAAACUGACAGUAUGAAGAUCAAAGUGAGAAGCUAAGGGAUGGAACCCAAAGAGAAAAUAACAACAUUUCCAUCCAAGUAUGGGUGACCACAUCAAAAUUAUAUUUGAUCCCGCCCUUGUUUUCUUGUUCAGAUGCAUUCUUCUCUAGCUAAUAAGGAUUUUUUUAAUUAAAAAAACCCUUUUCCAUUUUUCUUUUCCUGAGUUUGACUGAAACCAGUAAAGUCAUAUAAACCCUUGCUUAAAGGAGCCAGAUAUGCCGCAUUGAUGUGUGGACCUAAUCAGAAGCAAACAAGGCAAGUGGUCAGACAUAUACAUUCAUUUUCCAAGGGAUGCUGCUUUGAUGAUGCCACAUGCUGUAUGUUCUUCUUCAAAUUGGUAAACCAAUCACUGUGUGUUAAGAAGCUGUUACUUCUGUUGCAUUAAAAGGGCAAGCAAGCAAACAAACAAAAAAUCCCUUAGUGGCCUUAAUGCACAAAGCAGGGAGCAAUCUAUAUGAAAACGUAGCUGCUCUCAGAGGUAGAAUUUUGCUGAAUGUUAUUCCUGGGUCAAGUGAUGUACAGCCACCAAAGCAACCUGCUAUUUUCUGUUUUCAAAUAUUAGAGGGAUAUAAAAGUACUAUGGGAAUAGGAUGGUGGGGAAAUAUUCUACAAGCUAACAAGAAUCACCAAAAGCUCUUGAGAAAAAAAAAA